UUCAUCACUCUUUUCCACAAGUUCGGCAAGUUCAAACAUCAUGGCUUACUUUUGCCAAAAUGUGUUAAAGAUUGCCGGGUCUUCGAUCGCUAACCAGAGCCGUUCAGCCCGGUUUGCAGCUUAUCGCUUAGCAUCAACGGCGGUUCCUUCUUAUCAACACAUCAUCAUAGAGAAACAAGGAGCAAAAACGAAUGUCGGUGUCAUCACCUUGAACCGUCCAAAAGCUCUGAAUGCUCUCUGUGAUGCAUUGAUGCGAGAAGUGAGUGAUGCCCUAGACGAUUUGGAGAAGGACAAGGAUGUUGGAGCAGUUAUCAUAACUGGCAGCGAAAAGGCUUUUGCUGCUGGUGCCGACAUCAAGGAGAUGCAGAACAAUACUUUUGCACGUGUUUAUGGAGGUAACUUUCUAAACCAUUGGAACAGGGUAGCUCAGUGCAAAAAACCAGUCAUCGCAGCAGUAAAUGGCUAUGCUCUUGGAGGUGGCUGUGAAUUGGCAAUGAUGUGCGAUAUUAUCCUUGCUGGUGAGAAUGCCAAAUUCGGUCAGCCCGAAAUCGCGAUUGGUACUAUUCCCGGAGCCGGAGGCACUCAGCGCUUGAUUCGUAGCAUCGGAAAGUCUAAAGCUAUGGAAAUGUGCCUAACUGGUUUGCCAAUCACAGCUCAAGAAGCUGAAAAAUUAGGUCUGGUCAGUCGAAUUUGUGCACCGAAAGAAUUGGUUUCCGAGGCAGUUAAGAUGGGCGAGAAGAUAGCCUCACAUUCUAAAUUGAUCGUGGCCAUGUGUAAAGAGAGUGUCAAUCAGGCUUACGAGACCACGCUUCAGGAAGGUCUUUUAUUCGAAAAACGUACUUUCCACACCACUUUUGCCACGGAUGAUCGUAAGGAAGGUAUGACUGCCUUCGCCGAAAAGCGUCAACCCAAUUUUACUGACAGUUAAAAAUGUCUCACCACCCCCAGUACCAGAACGUAAUGAUUCAGACUGUACGUCGUCCUUUUUAUACAGACAAAUGUUAAAUAUAUCAAGCUUGAGUCUAUUGAAAUAAAAACGCCAAACAACGUA